AUGGCCAUGGGAGCCAUCGACUUGCUACCUGGGGCAAAACUCCCUAAGGGUAGAGUAUACCCACUGUCCAUCCCGGAGCGCAAGGCCAUGGAGGAUUACAUCCAGGAGGCUCUUAAGCAAGGUUUCAUCCGACCAUCCACCUCCCCGGCAGCCUCAAGUUUCUUCUUUGUGGGCAAGAAUGACGGGGGCUUGAGGCCGUGCAUCGACUAUCGCAUGCUGAACUCCCAGAAGGUGGAAUUACCGUACCCACUUAUCCUGGUCCCAGCCGCCUUGGAGGAACUCCGUGGAGCUCGCGUCUUCUCCAAAAUGAACCUGCGGAGCGCGUACAACCUCGUUCGAAUCAGGGAGGGCGACGAGUGGAAGAUGGCGUUCAUUACCCCCGCAGGCCACUAUGAAUAUCGGGUCAUGCCGUAUGGCUUGUCAAACUCCCCGUCCGUCUUCCAAAGCUUCAUGAAUGAGGAGUUCUGGGAGUUCCUCAAUAAGUUCCUGAUUGUCUACAUUGAUGAUAUUCUCAUCUACUCCCGGAACCUGGCCGAACAUCGCCACCAUGUCACGCAGGUCCUUCAGAAGCUCCGUCAACACCAGCUGUAUCUGAAAUUGGAGAAGUGCGAAUUCCAUCGCUUCUCGGUCCAGUUCCUCGAAUAUGUCAUCAGCAAGGAAAGGUAUCCAGAUGGACUAGGAGAAGGUUAA